AUGACCCGAUUCACGGCCGGUUCUCAUUUUCGCUUUCCGACACUCUCCAUUAAACGGCCGACGAUUGCCGAGAUGCUCGUGGCACUUUUCAUUUCUGCCGGGUUAUUGUAUAUUUCUUCUGCCGUCGAGGAGAUCCCACCUUGUCCAGUUGGCUCCAGGCCGCUUUUGAGGCCGGAUGGGGCCCCGCGAAAAUGUCUGCCACAUCAGAAUUCGCUUUGCGUAAACGCUUUGCCCGACAAUCCGAACGCCGAUACGGUGUGCUGCUACAACAACCAGGUCGACUACUUUUGCUGCCUGGAUGCGAGUGCGGACCAAUGCCCCGACUAUCAUCAGGUGACUGCCGUCAUCCAGAACAACUUCCCCCAAAAUCCGUUCGCGCUAAAGUCGUACUUCUUCCGCGAGGGGAUUGAGGACGAGAUCGUUGACAAUGGACUAGCCGAGGAAGGGCCAAACGAUUCGGGGAUGGCUGUCGAAAGAAACGGUCCCGACAGCGGCUUCAUCGUGCGACACGGG